AUGGUUUCAUCCACAAGAGAUAUAUCAUCAGUUCAUCACCAAAGCAACUGGUGUAAUUGGAAAAGGGUCUCUGCUGCUGGUUUGGUGAUUGGUUCCCUCACCAAAAUCUCCAUUCUUCUCCAAAUGCAAUGCAAUUCCAGCACCACUCUCUUCUCCUUCUUCCUCCCUCGUCUCCCUACUUCUCCAUUCAUCUCUUCUUCCUCUUCCAAUCCCAAAAGCUUCACCAAUUGUUCCCAAUCCACAAACCACAACAAUCCCCACCCCAUACUCCCCUCGCCGGACUCACACUCCCAUCCCAAUGCUGCCACCGCCAGAAUCCCCACUCCGCCGUGGGUUAAAGGUCCUCUCCGCCUCCAGCCGCACGAGCUCGCCAACCUCUCCAACAAUCCUCCCAAACCCCGCAAACCCCUAGAAUCCGCAGAAGAAAAGGCCGACAAGGCGCUCACCGCGAAAGAAAGCGGUGUGCGAGGCAAGAAAGCCAUGUCCAAAAUCGUUCGAAGCAUCGAAACCCUCCCCGGAAAUCAACAGCAAUCGCCGGUGGUGGUGGAUUCCUCCUCCUUCUCCCUGGGAAGUUCUGAUUCCGACGAUGCGAAUAAGAAGCUCCCCUGGGUGAGAGAAGAGAAGGUCGUGCGCUACAGAUUGAAGAAGGACAAAGUGGUGACUCAAGCCGAGUUGGUUCUUGAUCAGGACCUGCUCGAGAGAUUGAGAGCCGAAGCUGCUAGGAUGAGAAUUUGGGUGAAGGUGAAAAAGCUUGGGGUGACGCAGCGCGUGGUUGAUGAGAUAAAGUCGGCUUGGGAGACCAAUGAGCUCGCCAUGGCUAAGUUUGACCUCCCACUGUGUCGCAAUAUGGAUAGGGCAAGGGAGAUUGUUGAGUUGAAGACUGGAGGCUUGGUUGUUUGGACAUGGAAAGACAGUCUUGUUGUGUAUAGAGGAUGUAAUUACGAAGUGGCUAAAAAUUCUGGUAUAAGCAAUAUGGUUGAUGAUGACAUAUAUGGAAUCCCUGGGGAAGAAUUGUCAUUGUUUCAGAGAGAAGGAGAUAGGUUAUUGGAAGGCUUAGGACCUCGGUUCGUUGACUGGUGGAUGCCAAAGCCGCUGCCAGUGGAUGCUGAUUUGCUGCCUGAAGUGGUUCCUGGAUACAUGCCUCCUUCAAGGCGUUGGCCUCCUUAUGGUCGGCCUCAGCUGAAAGAUACAGAGUUGACAAGCUUGAGGAAGCUUGCUCGUAUUUUACCCACCCAUUUUGUUCUUGGGAGGAAUAGAAGGCUCCAGGGUCUUGCUUUUGCAAUCUUGAAGUUGUGGCAGAAUAGUAACAUAGCUAAAAUUGCUAUAAAGUGGGGAGUUCCGAAUACUGACAAUGAGCAAAUGGCAAAUGAGCUUAAGCGUCUGACAGGUGGAGUGUUGUUGCUUCGUAAUAAGUUCUUCAUAAUACUAUAUAGAGGUAAAGACUAUCUCCCUUCUGAAGUUGCAACGUUGGUAUCUGAGAGAGAAACUGAGAUACGGAGAUGCCACCUGGACGAAGAAAGCUCACGAAAGAAAGCAGCCGACUCAGUCCACAUUGUUGUGGAUCCAUCGCUGAACAGCAGCAAAACAGGAACCUUAUAUGAAUUUUGGGAUAUCCAAAACAAGUUUGGGGGGUUGGUUAAGGGGAAAAAGGAGAAUGAACUUCAAUUAGAAGCUGAGAAGGCAAACCUUGAAAGGGAAUUGAGAAUCCAAGAACGCAAGCUUUUCAUUCUCGAAAUGAAAAUAGAGAAUUCCAUGAGAGAGUUGACUAAGUUGAAUUCUGAGUGGGUGCCCACUGAGAAUGAUGCUGACCGUGAAAUACUCACAGAUGAGGAGAGAGAAUGCUUCAGGAAGAUUGCACAAAAGCUGCGUAGUAGCUUGGUUCUUGGCAGGCGUGGGGUGUUUGACGGUGUGGUGGAAGGGUUGUAUCAGCACUGGAAACACAGAGAAGUAGUUAAGGUUAUUACCAUGCAGAGGACGUUUACACAGGUCAUUUAUACGGCUAAAUCACUUGAAGCAGAAAGUGGUGGGAUUCUUGUGUCAGUGGAAAAGUUGAGCAAAGGUCAUGCUAUAAUACUCUACCGUGGAAAAAACUACAGGCGGCCUCAAAAAUUUCAUUCUGAGAAUCUUCUAACGAAACGAGAAGCAUUGCAGAGAUCAAUUCUGAUGCAGAGGAUUGGGUCAUUGAAGUUUUUCGCACAUCAAAGACGACAGGCUAUCACAAAUAUGAGGUCUGAGCUGGAACAACUUCAGAAAUCUGAGGAAAGGAAUGGAAUAUGAAAAUAUGUCAAUCAGUGACCUGGGUAGUAAUUCUUCCUGAACCCUAGGAGCAAACAAUGCCCUCUCACUCAGCAGCUGCUGUUAAUUCGUUGAAUGUCUGAUGGCAAUGGAUAUGAAGGGUUGUCAUCUGCAGAGUUUGGUGCCCACACUCCCUAUGAAGGAAAACGGCCGCAUGACAGCUUCGCCAAUAUAGACAAUCCAGCAUUGAUGAAUAAUAUCUAGCCAAUAUAAUGAAGGCUUAUAAAAACCUUCGUCAGAUCUCCUGACACCCAUAGAAGGCCAUUAUUUAUGUUGUUGCAGCAUGUCUUACCUGAAAUCAUGAGGCAUCUAUCAGUUGCACUUGCUUUCUAGACGUGUGCAGCAAUUCACCCUGCUGUCAGAGUCAAAGUGAAAAGGGCUUUAUGGUGCCAGCCAAUGAUACAGAAACUUUACUCGAAUUGCUGGUUGGCAUGGAAAACUAUGCCAGAACCGGAACUGAUCCCUCUCCCUUCACUUGCUCCAUGGCUGACCAGUAUGGAUUCAGAUCAGAUUUCAACAUUUACUCAUUGCCACCACCAAUCCACAACUGCUGCUUCCACGGCGGAGGAACAAUACACAGACCAGCUUCGGAAGGGGACCUGCAAACCUUCUGGCAUCCCUUUCAACUGGUUAUGUUCAUCUGGAAUUCCCUCCAGCUGUUCUUAGUUGUGUAGGAACUUAUGUAGCGAACCAUGACGCCAUGAAUUCCUAAAUAACUCUCGACGAAUGAAUUUGAUUCGUGGUUCCAAUAGCUGUUAAUUUAAAUCAACAUGUACGUAUAUUGGAGCCUGAAUGAUGUACAAAUUACAUCACAUUUGAGUUGAGUUGGAGAGAGUCGUUUUUACAGCACCAGAAUAUGCAGAGAUGAUUUAUGUUCUCU